AAAGGCUUCAAGCCACGAGGGCAGCGAGCCAGCCAGCGACUGCCCGCGCGCGGCGAGCGAGAGGGAAGAAGCUCCACUGCACCAGGCCACCAGCACGAGCACCAGACAAGAACACCCCCCGCCGCUCCGUGCCUCUCCCUCGCCCCUGUCCAUUUCCUACUUGCGGCGGACCGAGCUGCCACACGCGCCCCCGCGCACGAGCAAAGCGCAAAACCCCAAGAAAAAAGAAAAAAGAAACGAAAAGAGCAUGCCUCCCAACGGCGGCGGCACUGCGCUGCCGCUGCCGCUCCUCCUCCUGCUGCUCCUGUCGCCGCCGCUGCUGCUGCCGCCGCAUUCCCUCGCCGACGCCGGCUCGCUGGAGGCCGACGUCGCGGCGCUCGCGGACUUCCGGCUCGCCGCGGACCCGUCGGGCGCCGCGCUCGCGAGCUGGAACCUCUCCGCCGCGAGCCCGGCGGCGCCCUGUAGCGGGUCCUGGCGCGGGGUCACCUGCGCCGGGGGCCGCGUCACGCGCCUCGUGCUCGAGGGCCUGGGGCUCUCGGGCGCCGCCGCGCUCCCGGCGCUCGCCCGGCUCGACGGCCUCCGCGUGCUCAGCCUCAAAGGCAACGCCUUCUCGGGCGGGGUCCCCGACCUCUCCCCGCUCGCGGGGCUCAAGCUGCUCUUCCUCGCGCGGAACGCGCUGUCGGGCCCCGUCCCGCCUUCGUUCGGCUCGCUCUACCGCCUAUACCGCCUCGACCUCUCCUUCAACAACCUCUCCGGCGUCGUGCCACCAGAGCUGGGCCGCCUCGACAGGCUGCUCACGCUGCGGCUCGACUCCAACCGGCUCACCGGCGGGAUCGACGCCGUCGCGCUGCCGCGGCUGCAGGAGCUCAAUGUCUCCAACAAUCUGCUGUCGGGGAGGAUUCCGCCGGCCGUGGCGGCGUUCCCCGCCGCGGCGUUCGGCGGGAACGCCGGUCUCUGCGGCGCGCCGCUCCCGCCGUGCAAGGACGAGGCGCAGCAGCAGCCGAACGCGUCGGGGGCGGUGAACGCGUCCGCGGCGCGGGACUGCCCUCCGGCUGCCGCCAUGGUGGCGUCCUCGCCCUCGGGGCGGCCUGCGGCCGCGGAGGCGCCGGGCGGCGGCAAGGGGAAGAUGAGCCGCGCCGCGGUGGUGGCAAUUGUGGCCGGGGACUUCGCCGUGGUGGGGCUCGUGGCCGGGCUGCUGUUCUGCUACUUCUGGCCGCGCCUCUCCGGCCGGCGAGGCGGCAGGCGGCUCCAGCAGGGGGAGAAGAUAGUCUACUCCUCGAGCCCCUACGGCGCCGCCGGGGUGGUCGCGGCGGCCGGCGCCGGCGGCGCGACGUUCGAGCGGGGGAAGAUGGUGUUUCUGGAGGACCUCAGCUGCAGCAACGGCGGCACGAGGCGGUUCGAGCUGGAGGAGCUGCUGCGCGCGUCGGCGGAGAUGCUGGGCAAGGGCGGGUGCGGCACGGCGUACAAGGCCGUGCUGGACGACGGCACCGUCGUGGCCGUGAAGCGUCUGCGCGACGCGACGGCGGCGGCGGCGGCGGGCGCGUCGUCCAGGAAGGAGUUCGAGCACCACAUGGCCGUGCUGGGCCGCCUCCGCCACCCCAACGUCGUGCCGCUCACCGCCUACUACUACGCCCGCGACGAGAAGCUGCUGGUGUACGAGUACAUGCCCAACGGCAGCCUCUUCUCGCUCCUGCACGGCAACCGGGGCCCCGGACGCACGCCGCUGGAGUGGGCGGCGCGCCUGCGCAUCGCGGCCGGCGCGGCGCGCGGGCUGGUCUACAUCCACCAGUGCGGCCGCCGGGGCAGCGGGACGCCCCGGCUGGCGCACGGCAACGUCAAGAGCACCAACAUCCUCAUCGACAGGCUGGGCGCGGCGCGGCUGGCGGACUGCGGGCUGGCGCAGCUGGGCUCGUCCCCCGCCGCGGCGGGGUACCGCGCGCCCGAGGCGCCCCCGCCGCCGCGGCCCUGGGCGUCGCACAAGGGCGACGUGUACGCGUUCGGCGUGGUGCUCCUGGAGCUCCUGACGGGGCGGUGCCCGGGCAGCGAGCUCCCGAACGGCGGCGUGGUGGUGGAGCUGCCGCGGUGGGUGCAGUCCGUGGUGCGGGAGGAGUGGACCUCGGAGGUGUUCGACCUGGAGCUCAUGAAGGACAAGGGCAUCGAGGAGGAGAUGGUGGCGAUGCUGCAGCUGGCGCUCAGCUGCGCGGCGGCGGCGCCCGACCAGCGGCCCAAGAUCGGCUACGUGGUGAGGAUGAUCGACGAGGUGCGCGCGUGCGGGGAGGCAUCGUCGCCGUCGCACGACGAGUCCGUGGGCGAGUCCUCGGGCGUCUCCGACUCGCCCGCCGUGUCGGAGGGCGGCGCGCUCAGCCAAUGAUGUGCCUUGUGCUGCGUGGCCGGUCACUAGGGUACUACCUGCAUUUGUUACCUUUUGUUGGUUUUAGACUUUUAUAUAGGGGUGAUGUGGACUAGCACGGGCCGUUGGAUCCGGUGAUGGGCCUGUAUAUGGUGGCUGGCUCUGAUCCUGAUCGUCUUGCUCGUGUUUUUUAACUGGCAGUAGAUUCCUAGAUUAGUACUAAGCUGCAGCAGCGCCGGUUUGUGUUGGGGGAAACAAAAGGUUGUGAUUGUGUGUGGAUCAUGACAGUGUCUUUUGGUGCAUCUUUUGCUGCUGUGACUUUUGGCACUUGUUACCACGCCCUUGAAGUGGCAACUGAUUGAUUC